AGGAAAGGAAAGGCAUACGUGAAAAUCCUGUUCCCUCUCAUGCCAGUUCCCCACCCUCACUUGCUCAACACUCUCCCGUCCCUCCCAACCCUUCUCCGGUCCUGCAAAACCCAAAACCAGCUCCACCAAAUCCACGCCCACAUAAUAAAAAAGGGCCUUCAACAAGACCAUAUUCUCAUAACCCUUUUCCUUUCCCUUUCCACUUCCCUCUCUUACUCCACCUCCGUUUUCAAUUACCUUUUUCAUCCCAGCACUUGCGUUUGGAACUCUCUCCUCAAAGGCUACUCUCGAAAUUCCUCCUUUCUUCAAACUCUCUCUCUUUUUAUCCGUAUGAAGAGAGAUGGUGGGCUUCCUGAUAAAUACACUUACUCUUUGGUGAUCAAAGCUUGUUCGUCUCAGUUCAAGGCAUGGGAAGGGAAAAUGCUUCAUGGGUUAGCUUUAAAAGGUGGAGGUAAAGAAGAUGUUUUUGUUGGGACAAGUUUGGUUGACUUCUAUGGGAAAAUUAUGGAAAUUUUCAAUGCCAGGAAAGUGUUUGAUGAAAUGUUGGAAAGGAAUGUUGUGUCUUGGACAGCUUUGGUUGCUGGGUGUAUAAAUGUUGGUGAUUUUGUGGAAGCUAAGAGAGUGUUUAAUUUGAUGCCGGAGAGGAAUGUGGCUACGUGGAAUGCUUUGAUUGGUGGGUUGGUGAAAACAGGGGAUUUGAGGAAUGCUAGGAAAGUGUUUGAUGAGAUGCCUGAAAGGAAUGUGGUUUCUUAUACGACGAUGAUUGAUGGGUAUGCCAAAGCAGGGGAUAUGGCGUCUGCGAGGUUUUUGUUUGAGCAGGCUCCGGAGAGAGAUAUCGUUGCUUGGUCAGCGUUGAUAUCGGGAUAUGAACAAAAUGGUCAACCUAAUGAAGCUGUGAAGAUAUUCAUUAGACUGGGACAAAUAAAUGUUAAACCGGAUGAAUUUAUAUUGGUUAGCUUGAUGUCGGCCUGUUCUCAGGUGGGUAGUUUGGAAUUGGCUAAGUGGGUUGAUUGUUAUUUAAGCCGGAGUGAAAUUGAUAUUAGGCAAGCACAUGUUAUGACAGCUCUUAUAGAUAUGAAUGCAAAGUGUGGGAACAUGGAUAGAGCAGCUAAGUUGUUUGAGGAGAUCCCUAAACGGGAUGUAAUUCAAUAUUGCUCUGUGAUACAAGGAUUGGCUAUUCAUGGCCAAGAGGCUCAGGCUGUUGAGCUUUUCAAUAGAAUGAUCAGUGAAGGGCUGAUUCCGGAUGAAAUUGCCUUCACUAUUAUUCUGAAUGCUUGUAGCUCUGCUGGGCUUGUUGAGGAAGGUUGGCAUUAUUUUGAAACCAUGAAAAAUGAGUACUCUAUAGUUCCUACGCCGGAUCAUUAUGCUUGCAUGGUUGAUCUUUUAAGCCGGAAAGGACGGCUAAAAGCUGCCUAUGAGCUUAUAAAAUCUAUGCCUGCGGAGCCUCAUGCUGGUGCCUGGGGUGCACUUCUUGGGGCCUGUAAGUUGCAUUGUGAUGUUGAGUUAGGGGAGCUGGUUGCUGCUAGGCUCUUUGACCUUGAGCCUCUAAAUGCUGGUAAUUAUGUGCUGUUGUCCAACAUUUAUGCUGCUGCAGAGCAGUGGUUGAACGUUUCUCUUGUGAGGAAUAAAAUGAAGGAGCGAGGUGUCAGAAAAAUACCUGGUUGCAGUUGGAUUUAUUUCAAUAAGUGAGCUUUUUAGUGUCCAAUGUGGCUGCAUUAUCUUCAAAUUUUUGGCAGUGAGAGUUUUCCUCUACUUUGGAUGCAGACCGGCAAAAGUCGAAAUGUAACUUUGAUUUCUUAGUGCACUGAAGAAACAAAGCUGUUGGCUGGCCCCUCUGUUCCUAGUCAACUACAAAUUGUCCUGCAAUUUGACCCAGCCUAAGAGCAUUUUAAUUGCAGCAUAGAGUUUGAAGGAAUUUAUACUCUCUCCCUUUCAAACCUCAGGAUUGGAAAUGACCAAAGAAUUUGGAAAUUACAUUUGAACUAAAGGGUUUGAUUUUGUAUGUUCCAUCAUUAAAGGGUUAAUUCAUUCAAUCAAGACUCUCAUGGGUGGUGCUGGCAGCAAGUACUAAAUGUCGUCUUGGCAAAGUGAAGCUACAAAUUCAAUAAGGCUCCGGUAUAGAAUCUAGUCUUUUCCACUCCCUCAAUGGAAGAUGCAUAAAUCUGAAAUAGAAAGAACUCUUGUUAUUCGAUAAGUUGUCACUUUCAAUGGCCUGUUCUUGCUCUGUGAACUUUCCAAUUGGCUUUAUAUACUACCAUGCUACUUGCAAGAUACAUGUGGCUGCAAUAUGCGGAUUUUUACUAUAUCCAGUUCCAUAGUCUUAUCAGAUUUUUGAAGUGGAUGAUAUAUGCAAGUAUUAAGACAGUGACGAUAUGCAAUCCACUAUGAUAAAGGAAAGGUUACCGGCUUUAGCAGCACUUAAUUUUGUGGGGAUGUACAGUGCUGAGGGUACGAGGCCGAUUAUGAAAUUGUGGUGUACAGUGCUUCAUUUUGAUUCA